UGCCUUGCCUUCAGUGAGAAAGAGCAGCGGAUCAGAAACAAAGGAAACGCGCACUCGUCUUUGUGAACUGGAAUGAGCUUACAGUAUUACAGGGAUGCCCAAGGAAAAAUAUGAUCCGCCUGACCCAAGGAGGAUGUACUCAAUAAUGUCCAGUGAGGAGGUGGCCAAUGGGAAGAAGUCAUAUUGGGCCGAGCUGGAGAUUGUUGGAAAAGUGAGGAGUUUGAGUUCAACAUUAUGGUCCCUUACCCAUCUCACUGCUCUUCAUAUCAGUGAUAACUCACUUUCGCGAAUCCCGCCCGACAUUGCCAAACUACACAACUUGGUGUACCUGGACCUCUCGUCCAAUAAGAUCAGGAGCCUGCCCGCCGAGCUAGGCAACAUGGUAUCUCUCAGGGAACUGCUUUUAAAUAACAACCAGUUACGAGUUCUGCCUUUUGAGCUUGGAAAACUCUUUCAGUUACAAACGUUGGGUUUGAAAGGGAACCCACUUGCACAAGAAAUCUUGAACCUCUACCAAGAGCCUGAUGGGACACGUCGGCUCCUCAACUACCUGCUGGACAAUCUCGCAGGCACCAAACGUGUAUCUAUAGAACAGCCACCACCUCGCUCAUGGAUACCACUGCAGGAGCCUGACAGAACACGACCAGCAGCACUUUUCUCUGUAAUGUGCUACAACGUGCUUUGUGAUAAGUACGCCACACGUCAGCUCUACGGCUACUGUCCCUCCUGGGCCCUCAACUGGGACUACAGGAAGAAGUCCAUUAUGCAGGAGAUCCUCAGCUGCGGUGCGGACAUCAUCAGCCUACAGGAAGUGGAGACGGAGCAGUACUACCACUAUUUCCUGGUGGAGCUGAAGGAACAUGGUUAUGAAGGAUUCUUCAGCCCGAAGUCCCGAGCCAGGACUAUGUCAGAAUCUGACCGCAAACAUGUGGACGGCUGCGCCAUCUUCUAUAAAACAGAGAAGUUCAGUCUGGUGCAGAAACACACAGUGGAGUUCAACCAGCUGGCUAUGGCAAAUUCAGAAGGUUCAGAGGCCAUGUUGAACAGGGUGAUGACCAAGGACAACAUCGGAGUGGCUGUACUGCUAGAGCUGCGGAAAGAGAUGAUGGAGCAGUCUGCUGGAAAGCCUCUGCAUGGCAUGGAGAAACAGCUCCUUCUUGUGGCCAAUGCUCAUAUGCACUGGGACCCCGAGUACUCGGAUGUGAAGCUUGUCCAGACCAUGAUGUUUCUGUCUGAAGUGAAGAACAUUGUGGACAAAGCCACUCGCAGUCUCAAGCUCUCCUCUGUCUCAGGAGAACCCAAUGCUAUCCCUCUGGUCCUGUGUGCUGACCUCAACUCUCUACCUGACUCGGGUGUGGUGGAGUACCUGAGCACAGGUGGUGUGGACGGCACCCACAAGGACUUCAAAGAGCUGAGAUAUAUUGACAGCUUGACCAACUUUAACUGCAACGGCAAGAAUGGCACCUCCAGCACCAGGAUCACGCACGGCUUCAAGCUGAAGAGUGCCUAUGAGAACGGCCUGAUGCCUUUCACCAACUACACCUUUGACUUUAAGGGCAUCAUUGAUUACAUCUUCUACUCUCAACCUUUGCUUAACGUGCUGGGCAUACUGGGUCCCUUGGACCUCCACUGGCUCCAUGAGAACAGUAUCACUGGCUGCCCCCAUCCCCACAUCCCCUCUGAUCACUUCUCCCUGUUUGCACAACUGGAGCUGCUCCUGCCCUAUCCGCCUGCUGUCAACGGCAUUCAUCUGCCUGGUCGCAGGUAGUUCUCCGAGCCAGCAGGGGGAGCUCCGGCCCCUACCUCCUUUUGCUCUCAUAGUGGAGAGAGAAUGAGGCAAGGGCUGUUGUGUAUAAAUCUGAAUCCCUUAGGAGGAGAUGGGGUAUGGCAAACUUUUAUUCCCACGGAUUUUAACUGAAGCAGACGUUAAUGUCAGUCUUAUCUCUACCAUCUCCCACCCAGUUUCUUUUUGUUUUGUUUAGUUUUUCCUUUUCCUCCCUCUGUUUCUGGGCACAGUUAACAUUCUGUCCUUUUUUUUUCAAAACCCUAAGGGCCCUGAGUGAUCAUGUAAGUUUUACCUAAAGACAGAAAAAAGCUUUUUUUAUAUAAAUAACUAAAUGGCAAUAUCUUUGAAACACAUGCAGGGAGUCCAGAUCAAGCGAGUUAUCAUGAAGCGCAUCAUUUUGAUCAUGCUACUAUAAGGCCAGUUUAGAGCAAGCAGCCGAAUUUGACAAAAAAAAAAGAAUUUCACCAGCUUAGGUCAGAUAGUCCGAUCUCCAGGAGCAACCCUUUAAUCAAGGGAUUUUAAUGUG